UGUCAUCAACCAUUGCUUGAUGCUAUCUACUUUUGUUUUCGACUGUCCAUCCUUUGUUUUCCAUAAGAAAUGCCUUGAUGAGUUACCCGUUAAAAUCCAUCACCCUUCCCAUCACCACACCCUCUUUCUCUUGAGUGUGAAAAGAAUUCUCUCUUUUGCAAGCUAUGUCAAACCCAACAUUCCGGAUACUUUUAUUCUUGUUCACUUUGCCAUUGUAACAUCAAUAUUGAAUGUGCUUGGCCGAGGCCCGUUGUUGAAGAUAAAAGGCACCAUCAGCACCCAUUCACCCUCUUCUGGAGACCAGGUUCAUUCAUUUGCGACGCGUGUGGCACUGAGGGAAAAUAUAUUUCUUAUAUAUGCUCUACAUGUUGUGUUGUCGUCCAUAAAGACUGCACAAAACUCCCACGCAUUAUCAAAUUCUCACGACAUCAUCACUGCCUUUUUCGCAAAUAUUUUCUUGAAAAAAGACAGCUUACAAGGAAGGAUUGCAAGAUCUGUUUCGAUGAAGUGAAAGUAGAGCAUGGCAGUUACUCUUGUGUGGUACCAAGUUGCAAUUACGAAGUCCAUGUGAAUUGUGCCUUAGACGAUAAAAUAUUUUACGAGUUAAUUGAGGAAGAAUGCCGGUGUGAGGAGCUCAAUGCAGCGAAGCAGUCUUCCAUCACUCGUGUUAUUGAGGUGAAUGAAGAUGGGGAAGCCACAAAGAUUGAACAUUCCAGCCAUGAAGGUCAUUGUUUGGUGCUAGCAGACAAGAUGGAGAAGGAAACUGAUAGACAAUGUGAUGGGUGCAUGCUGCCUGUCUCAACUCAGCUCUAUUAUUGUUCGGAAUCAGAUUGCCAUUUUUGUCUUCACAAAAGUUGAGCUGAGUUGCCAAGAAUCAAGCAACAUUGGCUUCGUCAAUUGAAUGCUACUCUUUGAUUUGAAGAUCUCAAGUUAUGUGACCUGUGCAUUCGAUUUUGUAGUGGUUUCUUCUACAGCGUUAGAGGAAUGUACGAAGACUACGAUAUUUGCAUAAGGUGUGCAAAAGUUGCUGAUAUCAUUGAAGGGCAAGCACACCAACACUUCCUCUUUUUUGAUUUCAAAUGCAAGCAGAAGAAGUGUAAUGGUUGUGGCAGCGGCUGGCAUUGGGUUGGUGCAUUCAGAUGUGGAAAGUGCAGUUUUGCUUUGGAUUUUGGAUGCGUAACGUUACCACAUUCAGCUCCUCACAAAUCGGAUGAACACAUGCUAUACCUUACUUAUCAUAAUGAUAAUGAUUAUCCAAAUCAUCGUUAUUGUGAUAUUUGUGAAGGAGAAAGAGAUCCAAGCCUUUGGUAUUAUCAUUGUUCGAUCUGUGAUACUUCUGCUCAUCCCGAUUGCGUUCUUGGAAAUCGUCCAUUUGUCAAGAACGGGGCCACCAUGUGGUAUUAUGGCAGACAUGAUCAUGAGCUUGGUUUUUUCAGGAAGGCUACGGGUUAUCCUGAAUGUUCCGAUUGCGGUAAGCUUUGCCAAGAAGAAAUUCUCAAGUGUGCUCAGCCUGCAUGCAACUACAUUGCCCACUACAGAUGCCGCCGGUUUGGAGAAGAAAACUUUUGAGCCAGUGACGUGUAUGAAGAUUUUAAACAAUCCAAGGAGUUCACAAGGGGUUUGACAUUUCAUUCCAACUUCUCUGAAGAAAGGAUUAAAGUGAGCUAUAUCU